UGCUAAAACCUGGUGGCCAGGACGUACUUGCUCUGGGUCUUCCCAGACUUCAAACCGAGUUGGAGAACAUCUUGAGAAACUCACUAAAGUAAUACUAACAGGCGCAAGAGCAUUCCUUCCAGCCUUCCGCAUAACCCCAAUUCCUGUCCUUUAUCGAGAGUCUGGAUUCUCUCCACUAGAUAUUGAACUAGAUCGAAUGGCUCUUCUUGCAACUGUCCGCCUACGGCGUCUUGAUCCCUAUCACCCACUUCGAAGACGCGCAGAACAGAUCGCUAGUAAUGGCCGACAAACCAGCCAUUUUGCCCGCCAUAUACUGGCCCUCCCUAAUUCUGAACAGAUAAAUCCUCUCCAAUACACUCCCUGGCACCCUCGCGAGUCUCGCGAGAAUGCCCAAGCUUGA